UGCGACGAGCUCGUGCCCAAGACGGGCAACAAAACCUCGUCGCCGCAGCCCAAGACUGGCAACAGCACGAUUGGCACGCCGACGCCUACGCCGACGCCCGCCAAGUCGGCCGGCGCUUUGGUUCAGCUCUCGAUGGCUGCUGCGGUCGUGACGGCGCUCGCCGCUUGCGUGUAA